CUGAAUCUCAUAAAUAUGGCUAAUCUGACCCUGAUCAGAGAAUUUCUCCUCCUGGGAUUCGGAAGCAUCCACGGGUUACAGUUUUUGCUGUUUGGAACAUUUCUUGGAAUCUAUGUAAUGACCUUACUGGGGAAUAUUCUCAUCCUUACAGUUACUGCCAGUGACCGCAGCCUCCAAACUCCCAUGUACUUCUUUUUGUCCAAUUUCUCCUUCCUUGAGAUCUGGUAUACAACUUCCAUUGCUCCUAAGAUGCUGAAGACCCUUCUCUCUGGUCCAGAGGCAAUUUCUUUUGCAGGAUGUGUGACUCAGUUUUAUUUCUUUGGCUCCAUGGCAGUAGUUGAGUGUUUUCUUCUGGCAGCCAUGUCUUAUGACCGCUACCUUGCAAUCUGCAGCCCACUUCGGUACCCUUCUCUUAUGAACUUCCACACAUGUAUCUGUCUUGCAGGUGUAUCUUGGCUGGGUGGAUUUCUAACUCCUGUUGUCACUGUCACUAUGACUUUCCAGCUACAGUUUUGUGCAUCUAAUGAGAUUGAUCAUUUCUUUUGUGACCUUGCCCCUGUGCUUAAGUUGGCUUGUUCCGAUCCCGAGGAAGUAGAAAAAACUACUUUCCUCAUGGCCUCCUUUGUCACCAUGGUGCCCUUCCUGCUCACUGUAGCCUCCUAUAUAAACAUCGUGAGUGCUGUCCUCAGAGUGCCAUCAGCUACAGGAAAGCGAAGAGCCUUUUCCACAUGCUCCUCCCACCUCAUUGUAGUCACUCUCUACUAUGGAACUCUGGGAACAGUGUAUGCGAUUCCCACAGCAACUCAGGCCGCUGCCUUAAACAAGGUCUUCUCACUGCUCUACACUGUAAUCACUCCCAUGGUCAACCCCAUUGUGUACAGCCUGAGAAACAAGGAUGUUAAAAAUGCAGUGCAGAGACUCCUAAGUGAGUGGAAGCAUGGCACGAAGACUUAA